GGCGCUCAAAGCCAUUGUAUUAGCAAAGCUAACGUGUUGUGACAAAGACAUACUUCAACAAUGCCAGGGCAAACACUACGAAAACAAAUCGUCCACCCGUGGCCUGCCAAGGGGAGUCGUGAUCUUGCAUGUAAACAUCAUUCACCUGAAAAGCCAUAGUUCGAUUCUGCACUCACUGCCGGCCAUGGCCAUCCCACGGAUACAGGGCGCUAAAAGGGUAGGGGGCCCUCAGAUAGCUGGAGACCAGUACGCUCCUGACACUACCAGUGCGCCAGAGCAAGCAGUCAAACGAGCCAAAAAACACCCGUUCGACACCCUCGCGCUCGGAAAGAUGGGAUACGACUUCGAGAUACCAGCGGUCAUUGCCAGAGUCCGUAGCAAGGCCGCUCAGCCCUUCGACGUGGGCAUGGGGUUAGGGGUGAUGCUGUACCACAUCGUUCCGUUGAUAUCAUCCCAUUUGGAAAAUCCUAUGGAGUUCCACAACAAGGCGCCAAAAGCCUUACAAUGGGCGACUGAUUUCGUCGAAGCGAUUGAUCAGUAUAUCGCAUACUUGCGUCUUACGGAUGGUUGCUCGGAGAAAUUCCCCAAUGAUGCAACCGUUGAUCGCAAGAGUCGACGGCCACGGCGCAAAUACAUGGAGCGGUGUACCCACCUCGUCGAGAAUGCUUAUAGGGAUCAUGUCCGCGAACAGCUCUGCGACAUGUUCCGAUCGUGGAGCAAGGAGCAAACGCAGCUCUUCAAUAAGGGUGUGGAUAAAGCUCUCUCGGGAAUACAGUGGGUCGUCUACCCGGAAGAAAAUGUGGUUCUGGCUGCUGGCGACGACGAGUGGGCGGUUUGGCUGCGCGGAAGGUGCGAAGAGCUAGGCAUGCUUGAAGCAAGGGCGCAGAGGAAGGUGUUUGAGGAAAUUUAGGGACGGGUCUGCCUGAUCAUGGUUUGAG